AUGAAGCGGAAGGAGCAAGGAAGUAAAGGUGAUGAAGCUUCGCAAGGUCAAGCGUUCAUCACAAGGGACAAUCAGCGCAAAGGGCGACCAGUGAAGAAGUCCUGGCCGUGCCACAAUUGCGGAAAGAUUGGUCACUGGAUGGCGGAGUGCCCCUCGCGCAUCCAAGAAAACACGGAGAGACACCGGCCACAGCGUGCUCAAGACAGCGGCGACCGCUAUCGAUCACAACGUGCAAACGUCGCUCAAGAAGAAGACUCGGGCGACUACCUCUUUUCGAUCGGUGAAACGACAUCUGCGAAAUCGAGCGACAUCUGGCUGGUCGACUCCGGGGCGACGCAGCACAUGACGUGCUCCAAGAAGUUCAUGCGGAACUACAAGGGAUUUGACGCUGUGGAUGUCCAUCUCGCGGAUGAUGGAAUCGUCCAAGCAAUCGGCAGUGGGGACAUUGUCAUGUCGAUGAAGACACCCCAAGGGAUGAAGAAAGGUGUGCUCACAAACGUGUGGCACAUCCCAAAGUUAUCCAGAAACCUGUUCUCGGUCGGCCGCUUCACCAAGGAUGUCGGCCCAGUGACGUUCACGAAGGAUGGGUGCUAUGGAAAAGCGAAAGGGACCAAGUGGAAAAUUGGUGCCCGUGAAGGUAAAGGACUGUUCAAGCUGCAAAUGACUCCAGUGGCGCCGGAACAAGCAAAUGCAGCCAAGUCGUCGGGAUGCCAAGGGGGCACCAAGUCGUACCUCUGGCACCUUCGGCUUGGCCACAUAGGUCACGAUGGACUCAAUUGCAUCGUGACGAAGAACAUUGGAAUUGGCAUCGACAUAUCUUCGGUGAAGAAGUGGGACGUGUGUGAAGGUUGUGCUCUGGGAAAACAGACUCGAGUGCGCUUCCAAUCAAACACUACAGCUCGCACCUCCAAACUCCUCGAAGUGAUUCACAGCGACGUAUGCGGACCGAUGUCGAUGGCAACUUUCAGUGGAAAACGGUACUUCGUGACAUUCAUUGAUGACAAGUCAAGAUACUGUGUCGUCUAUCUGCUCAAGAGCAAAUCUGAAGUUGCGGCGAAGUUCAUGGAAUACGCUGCGAUGGCCGAAACGCAAACCGGAAAGCGCGUGAAGUACCUUCAAAGCUACAAUGGGGGUGAAUACAAGUCCGACAAGCUGGCACGAUUCUGCGCGGAACGGGGAAUACAACAAAGGUUCACACCCCCAUAUACUCCUCAGCUAAACGGAGUAGCUGAGAGAAUGAAUCGCACGCUGGUCGAGUGUGCGCGUUGCAUGAUGGAACACGCUGGACUGGGAAAGAGCUACUGGGGUGAAGCAGUGAUGACGGCGAUGUUUCUUCGAAACCGCUGUCCAACACGUGCCAUUCACCAAGACAAGUCUCCAUAUCAAGUGUGGACGAUGAAGAAACCGAUUCUGGCCAACCUUAAAGUGUUUGGAUGCCACGCGUAUGUUCAAGUGCCUCAAGACAAACGCGCGAAGUUCGACUCCAAGUCAUCACUCUGUCGUUUCCUGGGAUACGCCGAACACCAGAAGUCAUAUCGAUUUGAGGAAGUGUCAACAGGAGCGAUCAAGAUCAGUCGCGAUGCCACAUUCAUGGAAGACAAGUUUGAUGAAGGUCCGCGCAACUACAACGAUGAGUCAAGUGUCGUUGAGUUUGAUGAUCAUGAUGAGGACGAAGAAAAAGAAGAAGGUAAAACUGACGACGACAUGGACUCGAGCGACGAUGACAACGAAGACACCAGGUCUUCGAAGAGCAACAUCAAGAGACACACGCGCACUCAAUCACUUGAGAAAGCUACCAUCAUUCCAAGUCCCAAGCGAAGAACAUACAGAGGUCCGUCGCUUGAGCAUGUGUCAGCGGCUGCAAUGGAUUUUGAAGCAGCCUACAUCGUUGAUUCAGUGGGGAAACGCCGACUACAUUCAAGUCGGCGAUGGAAUCAAGCGACUCCGGCAAGUGGAAAGAAGCGUGUGACUCGGAGUUCGAUUCGCUUCAGAGAAACGACACGUGGGAAAUCGUGCCUCUUCCGAAAGGUCGCAAGGCCAUCGGGUGCCGAUGGGUUUUUCGUGUAA